UCGACGUCCGCGGUCGUCGUUGUAGUUGCCCCGGAAGUGAGCAUGGAUUCCGAUGACGAAAGUUUCGAGGAGCACGAUUCGGGCAAUGUGUCCAGCGGUGACGACGACUUCGCGAUGGACGUGGACAUCAACAAUCCGCGCGACCGUGGCCAGGAAACGGACGAGUACCCUUACGAUGUACUUACGACGGACGAAAUCGUUCAGCAUAUGGUCGACUGCAUCAAGGACGUGAACACGGUCGUGGAGAUACCAGCCACCAUCACCCGGAUUCUGUUGAACUAUUUCAAAUGGGACAAGGAAAAGCUGAUGGAACGGUUCUACGACGGUGAUCAAGAUAAGCUGUUUAAGGAUGCGCACGUUAUCAACCCGUUCCGUAAGCCGAGUUUAGCACUCAAGCCAAAGAUCAAAAAGUCCAGAACGGAGGAUUGUGAAAUAUGCUACUCAACGUUCCCUCCCAGUAUGAUGACCGGUUUGGAAUGUGGGCACCGUUUCUGUACGCAAUGCUGGCAAGAGUACCUGACCACAAAGAUCGUCGAGGAGGGGCUCGGCCAGUCGAUAGCGUGCGCCGCUCAUGGAUGUGAUAUUCUGGUCGAUGACGUAACGGUGAUGCGAUUGGUGCAGGAUUCGCGAGUCAAACUCAAAUACCAGCACCUUAUCACCAAUAGUUUUGUCGAGUGUAAUCGAUUGUUACGGUGGUGCCCAUCGGCCGAUUGUACGUACGCGAUUAGGGUGCAGUACGUCGAUCCGCGACCGGUUGUCUGCAAGUGCAACCACGUGUUCUGCUUCGAGUGUGGUGAAAAUUGGCACGAUCCGGUACAGUGCAAAUUGCUGAAGAAAUGGAUCAAAAAGUGUGAUGACGAUUCGGAAACUUCCAACUGGAUUGCCGCCAACACGAAGGAGUGUCCGAAGUGUAAUGUAACAAUAGAGAAGGACGGUGGCUGUAACCAUAUGGUAUGCAAAAAUCAAAACUGUAAACAUGACUUCUGUUGGGUAUGCCUCGGAUCUUGGGAACCGCACGGUUCGUCCUGGUACAACUGUAACCGAUACGAUGAGGAUGAGGCACGUGCAGCACGCGACGCGCAGGAGCGGUUGCGUUCAACGUUGGCAAGAUAUCUACAUUACUACAAUCGCUACAUCAACCACAUGCAGUCGCUUAAGUUUGAACACAAGCUGUACGCAGCCGUGAAGGAAAAGAUGGAAGAAAUGCAGCAGCAUAACAUGUCUUGGAUUGAGGUCCAAUUCCUGAAGAAAGCUGUAGAUAUUCUCUGCCAGUGUCGCCAGACACUUAUGUGCACUUACGUAUUUGCCUACUAUCUUAAAAAGAACAACCAGUCACAGAUCUUUGAGGAGAAUCAAAAAGAUUUGGAAACGGCCACGGAAACGUUAUCCGAGUACUUGGAGCGUGAUAUUACGUCGGAAAAUUUGGCGGACAUUAAACAGAAAGUACAGGACAAGUACAGAUACUGCGAGAAGCGUCGAAAAGCGUUGCUGGACCACGUGCACGAAGGCUAUGAGAAGGAUUGGUGGGAAUACACCAUCAACUGAUGAUGAUGCUGUUGGCAAUGGGAAA